CACGCGCGCUCCUGCGUUCUCCCAGUACCUGCUAGCUUCUCGGGCCGGGGGAGCAGUGAGUCCUCCUCCCGGUGCAGCUGCCGCCCGCGGGAUGCCUCCCCCUGAUGGAGCCUCCGCUGCUGCACCUCUCCCUGCUCACCAAUCUGACGGCGGCCCGACACGGAGCGAGCACGUUCAGCCCCAGCUCCCCGGCCCCCAGUCGAAGCCCCCCGGAGCCCGAGGCCAGCCCGCUGCUGCACGGGGUGUCGGUGGCUUGCCAGGCCCUGCUGCUCCUCGCCAUCUUCCUGCUGUCCUGUCUGGGUAACUGCGCUGUGAUCCUGGUGAUAGCCAAGCACCGGCAGCUGCGCACGGUGACAAAUGCCUUCAUCUUGUCCCUGUCCCUCUCGGACUUCCUCACCGCGGUGCUCUGCCUGCCCUUCUCCUUCGUGCUCCUCUUCAGCCGCGGCGGAGCCUGGCUCUUCGGGGAUCAGCUGUGCUUCGCCAACGGUUUCUUCAAUUCGUGCUUUGGUAUCGUGUCCACCCUGACCAUGACCCUCAUCUCGGUGGACCGGUACUACGCCAUCGUGCGGCAGCCCCGGGAGAAGCUAGGCCGGGCACGCGCUGGUCAGCUGCUGGUAGGUGCAUGGCUGGCAGCUCUGGGCUUCUCCUUCCCCUGGUACCUGCUGGCCAGGGAGCAGUGGGUGGUACACAAGCGUGGCUACUACCAUUGCAUGUAUGUUUUUCACUCUAAAGGGUCCAGGCUGGGUGCUGCCUACAGUUCCUCACUCAUCAUCCUUUGUUACCUGCUGCCCUUUGCCCUUAUGUGUUUCUGCCAUUACAACAUCUGCAAGGCUGUGAGGCUAUCAGAGACCAGAGUGCGGCCAGUAACCACCUAUGCGCAUCUCCUUCGCUUCUACAGCGAGAUGAGGACAGCCACCACUGUGCUAAUCAUGAUUGUGUUCAUCAUCUGUUGCUGGGGCCCCUACUGUGUCAUGGGGCUGCUGGCAGCGGCUGGAGACUAUCCAUUUACCCCGCUCAUGGACACAGUGGCUAUCUGGAUGGCUUGGGCCAAUGGAGCCAUCAAUCCACUCAUUUACGCCAUCCGUAACCCCAACAUCUCAGUGCUUCUAGGACGCAACCGUGAAGAGGGCUACAGGACUAGGAAUAUUGCAGCUUACUUGUGUACUCAGGGUCAAAGUCGGACUGAUCCCAUCCAUGACCGUUAUGGAAACCGACAUUGCCAGGGCAGCAGGGUGUCCGCUUCAAGCCCUGCCAACGGAGGGGACAUUGCUAUGUGGGCUUGCAAAAAUCCUGCUGUACUCUUCUGUAAGGAUGGACAUACAGAUACAUUGUCAGAACCGUUGGGGGUCAAGUCAGAGACGGUAGAUACCAGCUUGUGAUUUGGCCAAGCAGGCGACUACAUACUGUUCUUCAUUGAGCCAAUGUCCAGGGUUGAAGAAUUCCUAACUGGUUAAUGUCCAAUCUGAAGUAACAGCUGUUUGCCACAAAAAUCUCAUCCUGGAUUUACCAAUGUAGGAGUAAUGACUUCUCAACUUUCUCUAUCUUUACCCACCUCUCUCGUUCUAUUAGUAAAGACUACACAAGGCUGCAGAAUUGUUAAUGAUUUUAAAUAUUUCAUCCUUAAUGUCCAUUCCUGAGAUUACACAUCUGGGAGCCGCUUAUUUGUACAUAACCAAAUCAAAUGCCACAGAAGAGAUCAUCCAAAAUUCCCUUUAUGGUGAAAGUUUAAAUCCUUAGCUUUACUGACUUCUGUCUGCCCUGAGAUCAAUAAGUGGUUCUGCAUAGGCCUGCUGCUGGCCCCUAAGCGAUUUCAGCAGUAUCUCAAUUCUUGUCCUCAGGGCACCCUGCCAGGACAGAUGUUCAGGAUUACCUUGGGUGAAAGUCGUUAACCAUGAUAACCAUGGUUACUGAUCAGCUGAUUAUUUCGCCUGUGUUGUAGUUCAAAAAUCCUGAAAAUCUGACCUGGAAGUGUGCCCUAUGGCUUAAAUUGAGAAACAAUAAUCUUCUUAUGGCACUGUCUUAAUAUUUGUGCAUGCACAUCUGUUUUGUAGGUUUAAUGUCAUGUUUAGAUGUCACCCAGCCUCCUAUAGUAGGACUGCUGUCCAUCCCUGAAGCAACCCUUUUGAGUACAGUUGUAUUAAAAACUAGUUUUGUUAGUGUUCUUCUGUAAAUCUUAUGUUCAACUGAGGCUCUCAAUCCUUAAACCAUUCUCACCCAGACGUUCACUGUAUUACCAAUAGAACAAAUAUACUAAUCACAGAUUACCCAGUUUCAUUGUAUGACCAAUAUACCAAUUACCCAGACUUUCACUGUAUGACCAACAGGACAAAUAUUAAUCACAGGUCACCCUGCUGUUCAGUGUAUAACCAAUAUACCAAUCACAGAUAACCCAACCAUUCAGUGUAUGACCAUUGUCCAUUCCUUUGACCUUUUAGCUAUAAGUUUUGAAACAUCCAUGUUGUCAUUGUACGACCAACAUGAUAUGAAGGACGCUUGAUUGCCUGGUACUUGUAAAAUAUAGGACAGGGCCGCAAUUAGAAAAGCCUUACAAACAAUUAUUACACUUAAUUCUUUGGUAUAUGUAAAUGUUGAAAUAAUUUAUUGGCCUUAUAAAUGGGCAGUGAAAAAAUAUAUGAUUAAU